UAGGCCUACCAUAACGCUGAGCGUGAUUGUCCUUUCGAGGCCUUCAAGAUGGGGACGCUGCCGAAGCGGAAAGAUAUCCCACCGUGGGUGAGAGUUCCCGAGGACUUGAGAGAUCCCGAGGUGUUCCAGGUCCAGACGGCGCUGCUGGAAGCCAUGUUUGGCCCCGGAGGAUCUCGAAUCCCAUACAUCGAGCAAGUGAGCAGAGCCAUGCUCGAGCUGAAGGUUCUGGAAUCCUCGAACCUCACCGAGGUCGUGGUUUACGGCAAUUACUUGUACAAGCUCCGAACCAAGUGGAUGCUCCAGUCCAUGGCCGAGAGGCACCGCCUGAGGCUGGAGCGAGGGAUGCUCAAACUUGAGGACGCCAUGAAUGCCCUCGAGCUAGGCCUUUAGCUGAAGUGAAGCCAGUUUGCAACCAACGCGCCUGGGACCAGGAUGUGGACAGGAGGCUGUGGCCAGAUCUGGAGUAGGUCUGCUCCCCACCUAACAAGGGAAAACAGCUUGUUGUGGAUUUUUGCAUUUGCCUCAUGAGUCCUGAUGUAACUUUUUCCCAAGGUUGCUAAUUAAAGAAUAAAAUGUUAAACAGUU